AUGGCAACUAAAAUUCCCACUGAAAUAUUAUUUAAAAUUUUAAAUAAUCUUCAAUCACCUUUUUCAACUCAAGAUUUAUAUUCAUCAUUACUGGUUAAUAGAUUUUGGUGUAAAGUUACUAUACCUAUGCUUUGGGAAUUACCUUUGGGUCAAGAUUGUAUGGAUUAUAAUAAUUUGAGGAAGAAAGCAUUAUGUAUUCGAACUUAUUUAUCUUGUAUGGAUACUCAAGCUAGAACUUUACUUAUUCAAAAUGGAUUUGAUUUAUCAUCAUCACCAUCUCAAGCCAUUUUUGAUUAUCCAUCAUUUACUCAUAAACUUAGAACUGAUAAUUUAAUUUAUUUUAUUUCCAGAUAUUCAGAGGUCGAUGACAAUAGUAAUAACGAAAUCAUCAUCACAAAAUCGAGAAUAUUAUUUCUUGAAAUAUGUAAAUUAAUAAUAAAUCGUUGUUCAUUUUUGGAUUCUUUUAAGCUGACAAGAGUCAAAUUCUUUAUUGUAAAUGUUCAUAUCUAUAAUGAUUUAAUUGGUUCAAUUCUCGAGUUACCUAGUGCUCCGAAAGUAAUUAAGAAAUUAGAAAGUUUUACUUUGUUGAUAGAAGAUAAUGAACUUAUAUUUCCAUUAUAUGAAUCAUUAACAUUAGUUUGUGAUAAUAUUUUAAAUAUGGAUUUGGAAUUUAACUCAUAUUCUCAGGCGAAAUUAUUAGCAAAACUUAUUAGUGUUCAAAAAUAUUUGGAAGAUUUAUCAAUUGUUGUUUCUGACUAUAAAAUAGAUUAUCUUUCCAUAUUAUUAUCUAUCAUUAGUCAAAAAGAAACAUUAAAGAGUUUUCGUUUAAGAUCAGUAAGUUUUUAUUAUUCCGAGUGGAAAUCAUUACCAAUUGGACAAUUUAUUUCACUUCAAAAUCUUUAUAUCGAAAAUUGUUUUGGAUUGCAUGAAUCGGAUAAUUUAUUCUUCGCUUCAUCAUUUCCUCAAUUAAGUAGUUUUCAUUUUAGGCAUAUACAUGAUAGAUUUCCUCAAGAUUUUAUUAUAAAAAUUUUUGAAACAUCCAAUACAAAAUUAAGAGAUGUUUAUUUAAAUUCACUUACCACAGAUACAUUUUUAGCAAUUUUAAAUUAUUGCACAAAUAUUACCAAGUUAACAUUACAUGAUUUGCGUCCUGAACAUGUGAUAGCAAUAUUUAAUAAUAAUUUUAAUGAAUUAAGAAGAUUUUCAUUUGAUUGUGGAGGAGAAGGGUUUGAUGCUAAUGAAUUAUUAUGUCAAAUGGCCAAAAAUGUGCCAGAAUCACUUGAAACUAUUGAAAUUAGAAUGGGAAUAUUUAGUGCUGAUAGUUUAAGAAAAUUUUUAGAAGGGUGGUGUCGUAAAGGAGGAGGAGGGAAUAGAAAGAUUAUUGUGAGACGUAUGGAACAAGAGCGACUAUUUACAUUAAGUGAUGAACAUUUUAAGGUUAUUGAAGAAUAUGGAGUUCAAAUUGAUCUAGAAGAAUAA